GCCAUCAGACUGCUGAACACGUGAACUGGGCUGACCACCUGCUCGGAUUCUCUGCACCGUAUCACAUACUCACCCUACACACACAUCACAACUGCUGCUACCAGACUCUGAUAAUAGCGAAAUACUAAAUGUUAACACUUUCCCCGUAAUCCCGCUUCCCCAAAACACUAAAUAUUGGACUAUUAUGCAAAUUGUUUUCUUCUAUUCUACUGUACCAUUUACUUCGUUCGAAUCUUUUAUUUCUUAUUGUGGCAUCAAAGUACCUCGUUUACUGGCGACUUUAACAAUCUCUACUGUAGCUAGCUAGUUCCUAAGGGAAAAACAACGUUGCUAACAGUUGAGGAUAGCUGCAACGUCAGAACAGACACAGAAAAAACAAGAGGGAAUAUGAGUCAAAGCGAGCAGCAGGAUGAAAUCCCAGCAUACCUCAAAGACGAGCAUCCAGCAGACGGCAACAAGGAUCACCCCGCGCCCCAGCUAGGCAUGUUCUCCAGAGUGACUGGAGGACUCUUCAGUGUCACUAAAGGUGCUGUAGGAGCCACUGUGGGUGGGGUGGCCUGGAUAGGAGGGAAGAGCUUCAACCUGACCAAGACCGCCGUCACCUCAGUGGCUGCUGUUCCUGGCAUUGGGGUGGGGUUGGUGAAAGGAGGGGUGUGUGCUGUAGCUGGAGGCGUGUCUGCAGUAGGCUCAGCGGUGGCCAAUAAAGUUCCUAUUGGAGGAUGCAAGAAGAAGGACAAGUCUGACUGAGGAAGGGGCGGACGGCGACGCCGUUUUGGGUCUCGUGUCUGUGUCGUCUACAGUGUGGAGGGGCCUGGAGGGCUACAGAGGAUUCAAAGUUGUGUGUGUGUGUGUGUGGGUGUGUGUGUGUGUGUGCGCACUUUUUGUGGAGGCCUACACUCUGAUCCGCGAGUGUCUAUGGACCACUCUCAUUAUGUGGCAUGGUCACCGAGGGGGAGACUAAAUAAGGGGUUUCCUGGUCAGCAGUGCAGGGGCCACCCCACCCAUCUUUCUCUGUAAAAGUAACCAGUGCCUCAAACUGUUGGAAUAUGAAAUUACUGACUGUGAAUGUUGUAUUUACUCUGUAGAUAAAAACCAGCCAAGAAAAUAUUAGGCCUAUUUUAUUGCUUAGUAUUUGUUCCAUCUCCUGGCUGCUGAUUAAGAAACAGGCCAAGAACAUUUUCACAAUGUUUAAGGCGGUGUUCAUGUUCAUUGCUGUAUUUGGCAGUCAGACAAUCAGUGAUCGAUGCCUAGUCCGACACCUCUAACAGUAAAUAAAGAGGAUCUCAUGGGGGGGGGUUUGGUGCUGGGACUGCACAGUGGGUUACUACCUUGACCCCCGAGCUGAGGUGUGGUUUGGAUUGAAGAAGCCAGCACCGGGCUGCUCCAACCACCGAGGCAGCGCCUUGUUUUGAAAGGCAUUGGUGACGGCAGGGAGUUGAUGGCUGCACUCCAUCUCUCUGAUUGAUUCUGUUUCUGAGAUUACGGACUCUGUGCGUCUGGGGCCCAGCCGCUCAGCCUUGGUGCUCUUUCCCACAACAACACUCAUCACUCUCCCGCCGCUCCCCAAUAAUUACCGCGGCACGCUGGGGUUUUAACGCUACCUGCCAGGGCUAUGGUAGACUGAACACUGCUAGGGAAGUCAAUGUUCCUGACUAGAUGUUUAUGCUGGUGGAUAUUGUUUUCUUUUGUUUUUUCUUCUUCCCCUGUAAAGUAUACGAUUUAUAUCUCAAACUCCCCGUUUCUGAUGUGAGGGGGAUUUUCUUUUUCUUUUCAUAGGGAUUUUAUUUCUCCACCAGGGAAAUGCUCUAAAGUGGAAAUGUUGAUUUUCAUUUGUCUUUUUCAUCUUCAGAAAAUGCUCUCUGGUGCAAGUAAUGUAACAUCAUGUUUUUCAAUGACAGAGUAGUUUUAGGAUCCGUUUCCCCUUUGAUGGUAUGGACUCUUCAUUUUUUUCACUGAUGGUGCGUCGAAUCACGGAGCUCUGUCACUGCUGUUCCUUCCUCUCUUGCUAUAUUUUGUUCUUUCACUUUACAAGGUGCCUUAUUCCCACAAGAAAGCCUGAACUAAAGUAACUUAUUCAUUUUUUUGAAACUUAUCACUUAUGUAUCUAUCAUCUUAUUCCGUAGUCCACAUGUUGUUCUACUGCCAAAAAACAAACUAGCCUACUUUAGCAUUAUCCAUUUUUCAAUCAAUUUAAGGAGUUGUCUUUUUCUAUUGUUGGUAUUAGAAAUAAAAUGUAUUCAUAUUAUCAAUAUACAGUACCAGUCAAAAGUUUGGACACACCUACUCAUUCAAGGGUUUUUAUUUAUUUGUACUAUUUUCUACAUUGUAGAAUAAUAGUGAAGACAUCAAAACUAUGAAAUAACACAUGGAAUCAUGUAGUAACCAAAAAAGUGUUAAAUAAAACAAAAUAUAAGUAGCCACAGCUUUGCACUAUUGGCAUUCUCUCAACCAGCUCAUGAGGUAGCUAUCUGGAAUGCAUUUCAAUUAACAGAUGUGCCUUGUUAAAAGUACAUUUUGGGAAUUUCUAUCCUUAAUAGGUUUGAGCCAAUCAGUUGUGUUGUGACAAGGUAGGGGUGGUAUACAAAAGAUACCACUAUUUGGUAAAAGACCAACUCCAUAUUAUGGCAAGAACAGCUCAAAUAAGCAAAGAGAAACGACAGUCCAUUACUUUAAGACAUGAAGGUCAGUCAAUAUGGAACAUUUCAAGAACUUUGAAAGUUCUUCAAGUGCAGUCGCAAAAACCAUCAAGCGCUAUGAUGAAACUGGCUCUCAUGAGGACCGCCACAGGAAAAGAAGACCUAGAGUUACCUCUGCUGCAGAGGAUAAGUUCAUUAGAAUUACCAGCCUCAGAAAUUGCAGCCCAAAUAAAUGUUUCACAGAGUUCAAGUGAAAGACACAUCUCAACAUCAACUGUUCAGAGGAGACUGCGUGAAUCAGGCCUUCAUGGUCGAAUUGCUGCAAAGAAACCACUACUAAAGGACACCAAUAAUAAGAAGAGACUUGCUUGGGUCAAGAAACACAAGCAACGGACAUUAGACCGGUGGUAAUCUGUCCUUAGGUCUGAUUUUUAGCCAUGUCUUUGAGAGACGCAGAGUAGGUGAACGGAUGAUCUUGGCAUGUGUGGUUCCCACCGUGAAGCAUGGAGGAGGAGGUGUGAUAGUGUGGGCUGCUUUGCAGGUGACACUGUCUGUGAUUUAUUUAGAAUUCAAGGCACACUUAACCAGCAUGGCUACCACAGCAUUCUGCAGCGAUACACCAUCCCAUCUGGUUUGCGAUUAGUGGGACUAUUAUUUGUCUUUCAACAGGACAAUGACCCAACAAAUCUACAGGCUGUGUAAGGGAUAUUUGGCCAAGAAGGAGCAUGAUGGAGUGCUAUAUCAGAUGACCUGGCUUCCACAAUCACCCGACCUCAACCCAAUUGAGGUGGUUUGGGAUUAGUUGGACCGCAGAGUGAAGGAAAAGCAGCCAGCAAGAACUCAGCAUAUGUGGGAACUCCUUCAAGACUGUUGAAAAAGCAUUCCAGGUGAAUCUGGUUGAGAGAAUGCCAAGAGUGUGCAAAGCUGUCAUCAAGGCAAAGAGUGGCUACUUUGAAUAAUCUAAAAUCUAUUAAGAUUUGUUUAACACUUUUUUGGUUACUACAUGAUUCCAUAUGUGUUAUUUCAUAGUUUUGAUGUCUUCACUAUUAUUCUACAAAGUAGAAAAUAAUACAAAUAAAGAAAAACCCUUGAAUGAGUAGGUGUGUCCAAACUUUUGACUGGUACUGUAGUUCUCUACCAAAGGAUUUGACUAUUAAUCAGUGGAUUCUUAAAAUUGGGUGUGUAACCUACACAUUUGUAACAUCACAUGGAUAUUUAUUUUGUUCAAGGUUUGUCUAUAAUUUAAUGGAACAAUAUAUGAAAAAUGAAUAAGCCUCAGAGCAGUUGUUUUGCCCAUUUGUCAUUAAGGUUUGACGGUGUGAAUAGGAACUAGGAUAAUGAGUUGUUUCCUAUUUGUUUGGCUUGUCAACACUGCGGAGAUGAAUUUCAGUAGCCCCCUCCCAUAGCUCCUACUGCUCUGUUCUCUAAUCUAAAAGGUCUGUAUAGAUCAAUAUAACAGUAGAGCCACGUAGCCUGUAAAAUAGGCUGCUUAAUCCCAAAUCUGCCCCUUAGGCACUUUGUGUAGAUGUGAGAGGAUUGGAUUAAGCAAUAUGUUAAUAGUGCCACGUUUCCCUCUGAUAUUGCUCUCCAAUCCUUUCAGGUCUACACAUAUGCAUAGGGGGUUGAGCGUAGGGGUCGAUUUGGAAUUAAACUUUUGUUGUUCGCCUCCACCAUGUCCCUUUUACUUACUCUGUAUCUAGUCUUCUGUGAACACCGAAUGGGUAAGGGAUAAGUGAAGGGUUUAGAAUCCGAAAUGGAACUGGUUCCAUGACGAUCAAAAUGACAGUUAUAUUUUCAAAGCCAAACUGGUGGACGUUUCAUCUUGAGAUAUUUCAGCAACAGAGCAGUAAAUGAGUCCAUUUGAGUGUGUUCACUCUGUUGCUUGCAGUACAAUUCCAGAGUCCAGUUGUAAUAUCAGUAUACUGUCUGAUAGUCUACUCUCAGGACGAGGCAACUUCAGGCUGUCACACUGGAAUAACUGAUUCCUCACCACGCUACAUAGACAUAGGCAAACAGUUGUGGUAAUACAGACCUUUCACACUUUUCCAAAGCAGUUGUACACUGAGUAUACAUUAGGAAGACCUUCAUAAUAUUGAGUUACCCCCAGAACAGACUAAAUUCGUCAGGGCCUGGACUCUACAAGUUGUCAAGUGUUCCACAGGGAUGCUGGCCCAUGUUGUCUCUAAUGCUUCCCACAGUUGUGUCAAGUUGACUGGAUGUCCUUUGGGUGGUAGACCAUUCUUGAUACACACAGGAAAUUGUUGGCUGUGAAAAACCCAGCAGUGUUGCAGUUCUUGACACAAACCGGUGCGCCUGGCACCUACUACCAUACCCCGUUCAAAGGUACUUAAAUAUUUUGUCUUGCCCAUUCACCCUCUGAAUGGCACACAUACACAAUCCAUGUCUCGAUUGUCUCCAGGCUUAAAAAUCCUUAUUUAACCUGUCUCUUCCCCUUCACCUACAACGAUUUGAAGUGAAUUUAACAAGUGACAUCAAUAUGGGAUCAUAAUUUUCACCUGGAUUCACCUGGUCAGUCUGUCAUGGAAAGAGCAGGUGUAUUUCAUGUUUUUUAAUACUCUGUAUAUGUACUGUAUGGCACUCACAUAAAAACAAAUUACUUGUGGAGAAUGAACAGCCAAAUGUUGUAUGAUAUGACUUCAGGUUGAGCAGUUUUUUUUAUGGACGAAGCAUGUAUUUCAGUAGGAAAGUACAACUGUGAAAUGGUACUAGAUUUUGUAUAGAAUCUGCAUGUUCAUGACUCUCGUCAUGAACUGUGUUCGUGCAGCAUUUCAAAUCCAAAUGUUCUCAAUCUCAAACCUUUUGUCUUAGAAAUGUCUCUGUUUCUCACUUAUUAUGAGGAAGAGGUGGUGAGAAAUCCAGAAUGGAUCUCCCCUGCCGUCUAGACAGUCUAGAAUUCACACACUUACAUCAAUGUGUAACUGGGGGCUUUUCUUCUUCCCUGUUCCACUGUCUAUCAGUGCCUGGAGGGAAUUGACGUGCGGCAGCUUCACACAGGGACUGUAACCUUGAGCCCCCUGUGCAUUAGUCGUAUGAGUUAGUGGCGAUACCGUAGCUUUCACACUCGGCGGAUGAAGGAGAUUAAAUGCCCCAGCCUUUUCCUCAGCUGCUAACAAGGUUGUGAUUCAACCUUUUGGAUGAAUCAAUAAUGAAGCCCAUUGGUGCUAAGUCCAGGAGCUAGAGAUUUUACACUUCAAAGACCAAAUUUAAGUGGUGGCUGCUGAGAGCGAGGCUGAGGUGACUGUUCCAAGAGUGAAGAAGAAAUAAAUCACUUAUACCUUUUUAUAUCACUGCUCACUAGUGCUCACUGCUCUGCUUAACACUGUCGUAAUACCUCUUGACCAUCAUAGAAACAGAAUCUAAGUAGGCCUAUAAGGGUCAUUGUAAAUAGUGGUUGAUUAGUUAACAAUCUAAGUAGACUUAUGUGGAUCAUUGUAACUAGCGGUUGAUUAGUUAUGUGUGAUUAAAAUAUGCUCUAAAUCUGA